CUCAUUCUUCUCUCUCUCUCUCUCCCCUUAUCUCUCUCUUGAAAGAAACCCCAUUUCGUCACCAUUUUGCAGAGUCACAGACACAGACCCCAUCUUAUUUGGACUGUUGCUUUCUUAGGGUUUCGCAUUCUUGAAUCUUAAAAAAAAAAAAACUCUGUUCUCUUCUUGAGCCCUGAUCUUGUGCCCUCAAAAGAAAGUAGAAUUUGUUUUUUUCUUCUCUGAAAACCUCACGUUCUGCUGUGUGUCAAGCCCCAUUGCGUUGUGUGUGUUGUGAUCAAAGAAAGACCAAAAAGUUUUAACCUUUUUAACUUUAUUCCUUUGGUCAUUUGGGUUUGUGCUUUAGGGUUUUGUGUUGAAUAUCGUUUCUUGGUGGUGACGAGAUUUGUUCUUUUCUGAGGAGAAUUUUCCCGGAAAACCCUCUUUCUUUGAGGGUGGAAAAGGAUACACUCAUGCAAUUAUCGUCUGGGAAACUUAAUCCUCUGUAGUCGCAGCUCACAAGGUUCCAUUUCUUAGUUCAUUUUGCUUUUAGGGUUUUGUUCAUUGUGCCUCAAUUCCGGUUCUGAAUCAUGAGCUGUGCAGAGAAUCAUCACUUCCAGCGCCACAAUGUCGAAAUUCAAGGAUACCCAUUUCACCAUUCCCACCAAGAAUUGCAUUUCAGUAGCUCUCUGCUCUUGACCACGCUCGGUUUCUUUUAGGCAUUUUCUGAAACACCUGGGCUGCAAUUGAACUGGAAUUGAAUUUCUUGGUUCUGUCUCUCUCAUUUCUCUCCCUUUUAGGAGCCAUGGGUUGUGUCCAUGGCAAGUGUUGCGGUCGUUACCCCCAGUCUUCCGAUGGUGAUCUCCGGGACUUCAGAGACGCUGGUCCGUACAGUGCGCAAAGGAAGCACAUACUCUCAGAGAGGUCAUUGGAGCUCGUCCCUGUUCCUUCACAUGACUUCCGUUUGGAGUAUUCUCUGCUAACGCAGCGUGGUUACUAUCCCGACUCUCCGGAUAAGGAAAACCAGGACAGUUUCUGUGUUAGAACGCAAGUCAGAGGUAACCCAAAUGUCCAUUUCUUUGGUGUGUUUGAUGGGCAUGGCCAAUUUGGUACCCAGUGUUCUAAUUUUGUUAAGGACAGGCUAGUAGAGAUAUUAGCAAAUGAUCCCACAUUGUCAGCUGACCCUGUGAAAGCUUAUAAUUCUGCCUUUUUGACGACGAAUUAUGAGUUGCAUAAUAGUGACAUUGAUGAUACUAUGAGUGGAACCACGGCAAUUACUGUGCUUGUUAUUGGGAAUACCCUUUAUGUUGCGAAUGUGGGUGAUUCGAGAGCUGUGGUUGCAGUGAAAGAUGGUAAUAGAAUUAUUGCAGAGGACUUGUCUUAUGACCAAACACCAUUUAGGAAAGACGAGUAUGGGAGAGUGAAGCUUUGUGGGGCCAGGGUUUUGAGUGUUGAUCAAGUGGAAGGGCUGAAGGAUCCGGAUAUCCAGACCUGGGGUGAUGAAGAGAGUGAAGGUGGUGAUCCUCCCAGGCUGUGGGUUCAAAAUGGGAUGUAUCCUGGGACUGCGUUUACAAGGAGUGUAGGUGAUAGUACAGCUGAGAAGAUUGGUGUUGUUGCAACUCCAGAGGUGUCAGUGCUUCAGCUGACACCUAAUCAUCUCUUCUUUGUUGUCGCAAGUGAUGGGGUUUUUGAGUUCCUCUCUAGCCAAGCCGUGGUUAAUAUGGCGGCAAAAUAUUCAGAUCCUCGGGAUGCAUGUGCUGCCAUUGCUGGAGAAUCAUACAAAUUAUGGUUGGAGCAUGAAAACCGGACGGAUGAUAUAACAAUUAUCAUUGUUCACAUCAAAGGCUUGUCUAAUUCAGGUGGUGGUGUUACUGAUGGAACAAGUGGGACAAAUAAUAGACCAGCAACAAGGCUGAGAAAAGUUUCUGAAUCAUCUGUUACCACUGGGUCAGAAGUUUUCCUUUCAGUGAGAAGUGAUUCCUCAGAAGUACAGUCUUGUCAGCUUGUGCUUUCGAUGAAUCGGAGCCCAGCUAUUGUUGUUCCGUCGCCUGCAUGUCAGAGCCCUUGGAGUUGUGAUUGAACUGGAAGGCCUUACUGAAGCUGCCACACAUCUCGUUAUUUUUCUUUAGUGGUAUUUCUCCGCUUGAUGUUGCCUUUAAUCUUCCGUGUCAAAUAGAAUCCCCAUCAAGUGUCUGCCUGGAGGACACUUUCUUUUUUCUCUCAUCAAAUUUGAUCAUAGAAAUUUUUUUUGUUUGGAGAGCCAGUAUUUAACCGAUGCCUUCGUUGAAAUACCCGACUCAAAUUUUACUGAUUGCAGGAUGUGGGUUAGUGGUGCAUCCAGUGAUUAGCAGAAGCAGUCGGUUCUGCAUACAUAUAUAUGAAGAUGUUCCUGAACGCUAAUCUCUAGGUUCCCUUGCUAAUCUCACUAAUGACAGUUUCUGACCAUAUUGUAUGCCUGGAGAACAUUCCUUCAGCUGUAACCUUUGCAUCUGCUAAUCCAAGCAAUGGAGAGGAGGAGAUGAAAUGAAAGUAGGAGGUUCCUUUACACGGAAUUCAUGGUCGAACCCUUCAUGUACUUAAUCGUUUACAAUUUUUAGCUUCGGUUGUGAUUCUUCAUCUCUUAAAACUUAAAGAUGAUCAGUAGAUAUAAUAUAUUGUGUAUGUUACUCUCACUUCUCUAUCUGUAAAUGAUUUCCUCUUCAUAUAAAUUGCAUUUUUAACUGCUUUAGGUUAAGGAUGUAAACCCUGCAAUCAGCAAUGAAGAGGUUGCUAUAUUGAUGCAGUGACAAUAACACCUGCUGUUUAAUUUUGUUAAAGAUCAGAAAGAGGUGAUGUUAUUGGAUGAUGAAUUUGAGCAA